CCCAAACUCAAAACUCAAUUUGUUAUUUGCUACUAUUAUAUAGAUUAUAUAACAUUAUCAACCCUAGAUUAAUGACACCCACGACCCGAAACAAUGACCGGAACCGUAAAUUUCCAUCUCCUCAUCACCGUCACUACACUAUCCAUCUCAAUUUUAACUAGCUUCGCCGUUGAUGAAGCUUUUCCUUCAAUUCCCACUACCUUUGGUGUCGCAACGAAACACUCGGACGAUCUUAAACCAAUCCGUCGUGAAGUUUAUGGCGGAGAAUGGAAAAUAUUCGACAUCAGCCACCGGUACACCCCGGAGAUGCCGGUUUGGGAGUCUUUAAAAGGAUUAGGAAAGUUUCUGAGACUUGCCGUGAGUAUGAAGAAUGGAUCAGAAGCUAAUAUCUCGGAGAUGAAACUAUCUGUUCACUCAGGAACACAUGUUGAUGCUCCAGGCCAUUUCCAUGAUCAUUAUUAUGAUUCUGGUUUUGAUUCUGAUUCACUUGAUCUUCAAAUCCUUAACGGUCCUGCUUUGUUGGUUGAUGUUCCAAGAGAUAAAAACAUUACUGCUGAAGUAAUGGAAUCACUUAAUAUUCCAAAGGGAGUUCGUCGUGUGCUAUUCAAAACAUUGAAUACUGAUAGGCGGCUUAUGUUUAAGAAAGAAUUUGAUUCAAGCUUUGUUGGGUUCUUGACUGACGGGGUGAAAUGGUUGAUUGAGAAUACAGAUAUCAAACUUGUUGGGCUUGACUAUCUUUCAUUUGCUGCUUAUGAUGAAGCACCUGCGGCGCACAAGGUUAUACUUGAACAACGGGAUAUAAUCCCUGUGGAAUCGCUGAAGCUUGAUGAUGUUGAGGUAGGCAUGUACUCGCUUCAUUGCUUACCGUUGAGAUUGGUUGGGGCGGAAGGAGCACCAACGAGAUGCAUUCUCAUCAAGUGAUUCAGUUCAUAUUCUUCUCUGUAAGAUGUUGUGUAUACGAAAUUAAAAAAAAAAAAAAAAUAAUAGGCUUCUUUGUUCCAUGAUAUUAAUCGGUAUUGAGUUAAAUUAGGGUUUUGAUAUGGAUUUGCAACUCAAAACCAAUUGAUAAUGAGUGGAGAGGUCCUAACUCUUUAUAUAUUAGGGAUAGAACCCACGCGUUUGCGGGGUUGUAUACUAAUCAUGGCUUAAAUUUUAUGCUGAGUCAGUAGCACAUCAUUAAUAAAAAAAACCUACAUAUAUACUGUU